GUGGAUUAACUUGUGUCCUAGAACUGAAGAAACACUAAUCACUGAGAGGAAGACCUUGACUGUGCUCAGAACUUCACUGAAACAAGAGGUCUGCAGUUGGUUGUAGGAGCAGAAACCAGUCUUCAUAAAAGUCAUGAUUUGUAGCAUAUGUAGAAGAGAAAAAGCAUCGAUGUAGGUUUGAUGGCCAAGAAACAAAAGGAUCUAAGUUCAUUACCUCCAAUGGAAGUGAUUUCAGUGACCCAGUUUACAAAGAGAUUGCUAUUACAAAUGGCUGUAUUAAUAGAAUGAGUAAGGAAGAACUCAGAGCUAAGCUUUCAGAAUUCAAGCUUGAAACCAGGUGUGAAGAUCAUUUGCUUGCUUCUGGCUUGCAUGGGAGCUAGAGAUCUAGAUGUAUGUUUAUACAUUUAUUCAACAAGCCUGUAUUGAAUUCUAAGCACUACACUAGGCAUUGAAGUUAUAAAGAGGUGUAAAGGAUGUAUUAAAGAAGAGACUGAAAAACUAUUAUAAGAAGCAGAAGCUAAUGUUGAAAGAGAGCAGUUGUGCUGAUAGUUACUAUGACUACAUUUGUAUUAUUGACUUUGAAGCCACUUGUGAAGAGGGUAAUCCACCUGAGUUCAUACAUGAAAUAAUUGAGUUUCCUGUUGUUUUAUUGAAUACUCAUACCUUGCAAAUAGAAGAUACAUUUCAGCAAUAUGUAAGACCAGAGAUUAACACUCAGCUUUCUGAUUUCUGCAUCAGUCUUACUGGAAUUACUCAGGAUCAAGUUGACAGAGCUGAUACUUUUCCUCAGGUACUGAAAAAAGUAAUUGACUGGAUGAAAUUGAAGGAAUUAGGAACAAAGUAUAAAUAUUGCAUAUUAACAGAUGGUUCAUGGGAUAUGAGUAAGUUUUUGAACAUGCAGUGCCAACUGAGCCGGCUCAAAUAUCCUCAUUUUGCUAAAAAGUGGAUCAAUAUUCGAAAGUCGUAUGGAAACUUUUACAAGGUUCCUAGAAGCCAAACAAAACUGGCAAUAAUGCUUGAAAAAUUAGGAAUGGAUUAUGAUGGACGACCUCAUAGUGGUCUUGAUGACUCUAAGAACAUUGCACGAAUAGCAGUGCGAAUGCUUCAAGAUGGAUGUGAACUCCGAAUCAAUGAGAAAAUGCAUUCAGGACAACUAAUGAGUGUGUCCUCUUCCUUACCAAUAGAGGGCACUCCAGCUCCACAAAUGCCACAUUUUAGAAAGUAAUAGCAUUUUGUCUGGGGAACAUUCUAACUGGAGUUACUACAAAAGAGGUAGCAGAUGGAUGCUCAUUGACUGCAGUACAAACUUCAAGCACCUUAAACAUGAAAAAUCUUUGUUACAAUUAUAUGUAUAUAUAUUAUGUAUGUGAACAGAUUUUGUGGGAGGGCAUAUUGAAUUCUUUCUCACCAGCACUUUUGAUAUGAGCAGUAUUUGUUACACAGUAAUGUCCUGCUUAUAACUAAAUUUUUUAAAUUGUCCAAGAUUUUAAGGUGUCCAAGAUGUACUCUUUUUGAUUUUAAAAUGCAAAAUUUUAUUGACUCUUCCCUUAAAUGUCAUAUUUUAUUGAUGUUGAGAUAUAGAAUGUACUUCUGAUUUAACAUCAUUUCAUUAAAUCAUUCUUAAAAUGCCAAAAAAAAAAAUUGAAAGGUAGGCCUAUGUUAACCUUUGGGUUUUAUAAAUAUAGUCCUCUUGACUUUUGAAGUUUAUAUAUGAAGUUCAGCUACAGUCCUCUCUCAGUACUCUUGGGUUUAGUUCCAGGACCCGGUGUGGAUACCUCAAGUCACUUACAUAAAACGGCAUAGUAUUUACAUAUAACCUACAUAAUCCUCCCAUAUAUUUUAAAUCAUCUCUCAUUUAUCAUACCUAAUAAAUAUAACUACUAUAUAAAUAGUUGCUGUACUGUAUUGUUUAGGGAAUAAUGACAAGGAAAAAAGUUAUAUUCUGAUACAAACAGUGUAGACUAACCUACACAGUAUAGGAACAAGAUUUGGGACCAGCAGUGACCAAACAACAUGUGCUGGAGAGAAACUAAGCAUCUGUGGAGUGGCAGGCUGCAGCAGGGUGUGCUCACACAUCACUUUUUUUUUUUUGUGAAGCUUCAGCGUAGUGCUGGGCAUGUGGAAAAUUCAAGUUUUGCUUUUUGGAAAAUUUCCCCCAAAAUGUCUUCAGUCUAUUGUUGGUUGAAUCUAUAGAUGUGGAUCCCAGACUGGAUAUAUGGCGAGUUUUGUAAAAAUAUUUGGUGUACAUAUCUGUUUUUUUUUUACUUAAUUGCAAAACUUGAGAUGGAUUAUAGGAUUAAAAAUUAAGUUACUAAAGAGAUUAAUGAAAAGUAAAAAAUGAAUACUAUUUCAUAGGGCUGUUGCUCAAACUUUAUAAAAUAGUGAGUUCUUUUGGAUUUGAUUGAUUAGUUUCCUUCCCUCUUAUGACAUAUUUGCCCUAAUUCUUAAAUCUAAGAUGCCACACUUAGAAGUAGCCAUUUAAUAUUACAUUUGUAUUUAGUUUUAUAAAUAACGUUUCCUACCAUAUCUUAUGCUUUUAUUUUUAAAACCUCCAUUGGCCACUAGUGUUGUUUAGUUAGUCAAUAUAUUCUUGAUUGUCAGACUUCACUUAAUAUAUGACCACUAGAUAUUGAGUAGUUCUUAAUUCUAAAAACAAAGAUGGCUUUUGGAUUAGUAAAGUUGAUAAAAUAAGACUCUUAUUGGAGACUAAAAUAUGUAUUUUUAAGAAUUAAAUUUCCUGUGGUUUUCUCAUGGACAUUGCUUGCUUUUCUUUUACCUUGUAAUACUUGUGAUUCUACUUUAGUGAUUUGUGUAUUGUAAUCAAAUGAAUUAGCAAAGAUUUCCUGACACUGAUGUAUAGAAGAAAAGUAUGAAAGUAGAUACUUUCUUGGCAUGAGAAUUUUCCACACAGGGUUGUGGUUUUCUUAUUUGACCCAAUGAAGUUCUGCCUUUGAGCAAUAAUGAUGUAAUAAUGAACAAUAUUGUGUAGGUAACAUAAGGCACAGAGAAUGAAUGUCGUUAGAUAAAACUUAUAGAUUAUAGUAAAACAGUGAAUCCAGGAGUUUUAAAUUUACAGUAAAAACAGUGAAUCCAGAAAUUUUAAGUUUACAGUAAACACUCGGAGUGAGAGGGAUAUAUAAAGUAUCCUAACAGUUUUAAAUAAUUUCCUCCAAAUUCUUACUGUGCCAGGAAAAAGGAGUAGAAUAUAGCAAGUCAUUGUUGAGUUGAUUCUGGAUGCCAGGAAGCCUACUAGACAUAUUCCUUAGGUAAUUCUUCUACAUAGCCACUUUACUAGAGGAUCAAAUACAUGCCCUAGUAAAACUAAUUGCUUCCCACCUACUUCCAUAAUUGCUUAGGAAUAGAUGAAACUACAGUUAGAAAAUCUUAGAAUGGCAAGGAAAUAUUAAUUGCCCUUUUACUUUUUUUUAUCAAGUUGUUUAUUUAUUCUUGCCAAGUACCCAAGUACUGAAAAACUCAUUUCUUUUGAAGAACUUCACUAUUAUAAAUUCUCAGUACCCUUUUGGCUCAACCAAAUAUUUUACUGUUUAAUUUCUUUUUUAAAAAAAUGUAUUAGUGCAUUAUAGUUGUACAUAAUAGUGGGUUUCAUUUUGAUAUUCAUAAAUGCAUAGAAUAUAGUUUAUUCCACCUCAAUCCUCAUUAUUUGCUGUUUCCCUUCCCUCCAACCUCCCCAAUCGUGUUCUCUUUAUUUAUUUUUAAUUGGUACAUUAUAGUUAUAUAAAAUUGGAAUGCAUUGUAAUAUAUUCAUACCUGCACAUAACAGUUUGACCUCAUUUCCGUUUUUUUUAACUACUGCUGAGUCUUUGCUCCCUCCCCUUCAAUAUGAUUUAAGAUUCUGAGAUGAAUCAGGUCUGUUCUAAUGAAAUGAUCUUAAACAUUAGGAGUACUGCUUUUUUGCUUUUUGAUUAUUGUUGUGUUGUGUUAUCUUUAAGGUAUAGAGUACAGAUAAUUCUUAUAAGGAAAACACUUAAGAGAUUAAUGCCAUUUUAGUAUCUCAGUCAAGAUAAUACUUGCUGAUACUUUCUUGUUAAUGUCAAUAUUAUGAACAUUAAUAUUCUUUGCAAACAAUCCUUUUUAUUAAUCAUUAGUUAUGCUAAUUUUCUUGUUUUUUAUGUUUCACUUGCUCUGACUCAAUGACAUUGGAUUUGUGCUUUAUUUUUUCAAAUUCAGUUGUUAGAACCAACUGAAGUAUAUACUGGAGCACUGUAUUUUGCCUAGUUUUUGUGUUUUUUAGAUAAAAUACUUAACAUUUUGCUCUGAAAAAUAAUUUUUUUUUACUAGAUCAGGCAGAAGAAAAAAAAUUUUUUUUUUUUUUAAUGUGUCUUUUCUGCUUUAAGAAAGACCUGUUUGUCCUGCCUGGUAGGGAUAGGUUUCUUUAACCUGGAUUGAAAUUAAAACCACAGGAGUUACUAACAUGUAAGGAAGAUGCCAUCUCUUGAGAUUAGUUUAUUUCUGUGUAUAUUUUUAACAAAUGGGACCAGUUGACCUUUUAUAGAUCAUCCUGAAUAUCAUCUCCCAAAUGAUAGUGCUAAGCAGUAAUUUGGAGGAGAGGGGAAGAACUGGUAGUAAAAUUCCUGGGGAGGGGAGGAAGGGUGAGUGGUCAAUAUAAAUAAUGCAUGUUUGGCCUAAGCUAUAGGUGGAAGCAAUCAAGAAACCACUUGUCUCAUGGAUGAAUGCGUGCGUGCGUGCGUGUGUGUGUGUGUGUGUGUGUGUGUGAAAAAUCUGAGAAGAAUAUACUGUGCUUGGAAGGAAGACCUAUUUCUAUGCUUCUGUAGAGAAGUAUAAGCUACUUGAAGGCAGUGACUACAACUUGUAACAUUUUUGAUUCCAACAAUAUAUAAUAAAAUGUUUUGUAUAGUUGAGUGUGGUUUUGAUAAUAAUUGAAAUUAAGUCUUUAUUUUCUAGUA